AUGGAAGAUUUCAAAAAUAGUUUAGCAUAUAAGGAAUUGUACGAGGAGAUACAGGUGUACCUUGUAAUUUAUGAAGUAAUCAACAAUGUCAGAAUAGUUAAUUGUUGGGAAAUCAACAAAGUUACAGUACUGACACCAACAUUAUUUAUUAAAACUUAUUUUAUUUUCUGUCAAAAGUCGAAUUGUUCUUUACAGAAAUUGGUAGUUUCACGUAAUGUACGAGCGGAUAAUUUCAAAGAGAGCCUCCUGAAAGCGAUGGAAGAGAACGGUCUGCAAGCCUCACUCAAGAACAGCGUCUACCGCUGGACUAAGAUGAAGAAAAAAGAGACGACCCAUUUCGACGCGUUCUUUCGCAAAUCCCAAAUUAACUGGGACCGCAGGAUACACAAGUCGUUGAAUUCGAUGUGCAACGAGCUGGGCAUCACGCUGGCCAAAUUGCGGGCGCAGUCAGAUCGGGAGGAGAUCGCGAACAAGUGGAGUGAGCUGAGCAAUUUUGAGGUGGAUAUACACAAGUACCGGCCUGUUUAUGCUCCCAAAGAUUUUUUGGAAGUUCUGUUGAAUUUGAAGGGACCCUUCUUAAAAACCAACUGUGAAAAACAAGAAUGGGAAUUCGUCCACAUUCCGCUGCGUGUGAGAAAUAUAGCGGACUUAAAAAUGUUAUAUAAUGAAUUUGCAAGAGGUGAAAAGAUUUUGGGCAUCCAUCUAAAUCCACAAACUUACUCGAUUUUGGAGGGCGAACGAAUAACGUUGGGCGAGAAAGUUUUACAAAAGAAUUACGCUCCUGUCGCUCAGGAGUACUUAAAGAAAGGCUGUCCCAGAUGCAUGAGAGCGAAAAUGUGGUCGUUAAUUUUAGGUUCCGAAGUGAAAGAGCAUCACCUAGAAUAUUACAAGCAACUUAAAGAGAACGUCCUCCAAUAUGACCUAAUGAUAGACAAGCUCAUAAUUAAAGACAUCACUUUAACAGCCUCCAACGAUGAUCAGUAUUUUGUUUUUGAAGAUGACUUGUACCAGAUAAUGUUGUGUUUCUCAAGAGACGCCGAAAUCCUCAAGAUGAUUCCGGGCCAACCAGCCUUCAUGCAGGUCGUCCUGAAAGGAACCAAAAGCACCACCGACAACAAUAUAGUGUUCCCACCCUCUGGCGUCAUACCAUUCCACGGUUUCACCAUGUACGCCGCCCCUUUUUGUUAUCUGUACGAAAAACCGGCAGAAUUGUAUUUCACGUUUCGUACCUUUUAUCUUAGGUAUUGGCACAGGUUGCACAGGAUCUGUUCGAAUCCUCAAGGGAUCGUGUCGCUUUGUCUUCAGUACGAAAGAAUGCUUCAAUGCUACGAACCCACUCUUUGGUACCAUUUCAAACGCUGUCGCAUUCAUCCAUUGAGGGUUGUAAUUAAGUGGAUGAUGAGAGCGUUCAGUGGCCAUUUGCCGUUGGAACAGCUGCUGAAUCUUUGGGAUUUGAUCCUGGCAUACGACUCAUUGGAAGUCAUCCCAAUGUUGGCUGGAAGUAUAGUUAUUUUUCGCAAGGAAAACUUGAUGAGGGUAGACACGGUCCAAGGUGUCGAGGCAGUUCUGGCCGAUCUAUCCAGCAUAUCCGUCAUCCCUCUGCUACAAAUGGCUUUAAUGAAGGAAGAAUAAAAUUCUCUAAAUCAA